UUGAAAAAUCAAGUUAUAGAGCAAUGAAGAGUACGAACCACUGUACUUUAAAUUCUUGAUUGCCUUUAUGCUGAUAUCUCUAAUCUUAGCCUAAUAAUAAUCAAGAAUUCAUCAGAUCGAUUCAAAGACACAAUGAGAAGCUAUCAGAAGCUGCUUUGGAGAAAUCAAUUCUGAUAUUUUUAUACACCUCAUAAUAUCGAAGUCAAGCACCUGAUCAUCUACACACUAAAAGCAAGCUUUUUGAUACAUUCAAUUAGAGUUCAUCUACCAUCACAACUCGUUCAAACUCUCCUUUUUUAUCUUAAUAUUCGCCUUGAUAGCACUUGUCUCGAAGUUUGCCUUUGAUUCCUCCAGAGUGCAACCCUUCAACAUGAACUAACUCUUCGCUUACAAACAUAUAAUCUUGGCAUGUGUCUCAACUAUAAGGCCCUGAUCAGGUCUUUCAUGGACUAUGUCAAGUUCUUCAAUCAUCAACUUGGUAGUACCCCUCAUAACAGCCUGUUUGUAUAUCCCAAAACCUCAUAAAAUGCAACAAUUGAGUACAAUCCUUUCUAAAACCGUCUGCAGUAUAAUAUUUAAGU